AUGUGGUUCCUCCUUCUCCUCUACGCAGCUCUCUUUGAGCAGGUGAUCAUAGAAGUUACAAGCCAAAGACUGUAUCUUAAGGAUGGAGACGGCCCGUGUGAAGGCUACCCUAAAAUCUACAAUGACAACGCUUGGGGCUACCUUGGCGACAGUGUCCAGAACAGUAACACUGAAAAAGUGGUGUGCAAGACCGCUCAAUGCGGGGAGCUCAACUCAAUAGAAGAUGUGAGUCGAGACAUUGACGGCACAACCUGGCUCAAUGAAGUGAAUUGCACUGGAGCAGAGGAUCAGCUGUGGAACUGUACAUUUCCAGGUUGGGGCACCAGCGUCUACCUAAAGCCUACUGUGAAGAAGGUGAAAUGUUCUUACAAUAUCAAAAUCGAUCUUGAAGGAGAUGAAUGUGCAGGACCUGUCCGAUACUCAACAGAUGGCGGGAAAACAACUUCAGGUUACUUGUGUUUUGACAAAUUUGCAACGAAAGCAGCUGAUCAUAUCUGUGAAAGCCUCGGAUGUGGUAACUCCUUGGAAGAUCCCAGUUCGGCUUCGGUGGCCUCGAACCAACCAAUUAUGAAAGUCAACUGUCCCGAAAAGAUGGAUUUCACAAAUCUUUGGCAAUGUGUAACUCAGGAAGCACCUAAAUGCGAAAAAGCUGCUUCGGUCACAUGCACAGGUUACAAGAGACUGCAACUCAGUGGAAACUCAACAAACGCUUGUUCUGGGCGGUUGCAAAAGGAAGAUGGAGAGAACUGGACUGACAUAAAGCUCUCAGACCUCAAACACACUGCUGAUGAGUUGUGCCACAAGAUGCACUGUGGUGGUCUCAGUGUCAAUAGCAGUAACAAUGACACACAGCUGACAUGCUCAGGGGUGUUCAACAUACAGCCCGUGGGCCAGAACCGGCCCUCCCAAGGGGUCUUAUCAGGCCGAUUGGAUAACAAAUAUGACGCCAGGUUUCAGGAGCAAGUUUACCUGUACAACGUUAAAGUCAUUCUGAAGGACAACAGUACCAGCUGUUACGGUUCCGUUUAUAUGAAGGUGAAUGAUACAGAGCACCCUGUGUGUGGCACCAAAUGGAACCCAAAGAAUGCUGAAAAGGUUUGCAGCGAGCUAAAAUGCGGAAAACUAGUGAAUACGGACUUUAAACCUAGUAGGACAUCACAGGGAUGGAUAAUGGACGAGGUGGACUGCAAAGGCAAGGAGUCCUCACUGUGGCACUGUAAAGCCAAGCGAGACCCCAAAACUUGUCAAUCCCACGCCUACGUGAUCUGUGAAGGGAGUGUCAACGCGAGAUUGGUGGACGGUCCCGGGAAAUGUGCUGGGAGGUUGGAGAUCCAUUUUGAGGGCGAAUGGCAAAAUGUUGAUAAAGCGCAAUGGGUUGAUAGCUAUUCAAAUGUUGUCUGCCAACAACUGAAAUGUGGAGAUGCAAGAAAAUCUGAAAAAUUCAGCAUGGGGUCAAGUCCAUUCCUGCGAAAGAAGAUAACAUGCAAUGCAGGAGUCAAACACAUAUCUGAGUGUACUGUGAAAGAGCUGUCCAACAGCCAGGGCGAUAGAGAGGCAGUGGGAAUAAUCUGUGAAGAGCACAAGGUGGCAUUUCUCGAGGGGAAAAAGUCCUGUUCUGGAAAAGUGAGGAUAGAGAAGGGCGACGUUAUCUCCUGGGUUUCCGGAUCCAACGAGACGUGGAACAAUGACACCGCCAACACUGUGUGUCGACAGAUGCACUGCGGGGAGGCCCAAAGCUUUAACCACACACCUCCUUCUAAUAAGAAUAAACGUUUAAUUGAAUCAUACAAGUGCUCAUCCAACACCACAUCUCUGUUUGACUGUGAAACAUCCCCUUUAUCAUCAGACUCCAAUGCCACUAUUGCCACCGUGACAUGUUCAGGAAAAAUCAAUGUAAACCUGACCAAUAAGUGUUGGGGUAUGGUCAAUGUUUGCAUGGGGGGGGAGUGUGGAGGUGUGUGCAAGAACACCUGGACUGACAACAUGUCUGAGAGCCUGUGUAAAGAGCUAGGCUGUGGGAAUAUCUCCCUGAAAUCCUACAAACAAGAAUCAAGUGUGGUGAUCGUCAAGAGUCUGCACUCACCAAAGAAUGCUGCCAAGCUGGCCAAUUACAACUUUGUCAAAAAUGAUGAUAAUGAUAAAACCUUUAGCCAAAACCCAGCCUAUGUCGUUUGCUCAGGUAGCAUCAAGCCCAAACUAGACACAUUUGGAGACAAAUGUUCUGGGAAUGUUCUGCUGUCCUAUGAAGAUAAGUGGCUCCCAGUGUGCAAGGAAGCUCUUAAAGACAAGGACACACGAGAUGCCAUCUGCAAGGAGCUGGAUUGUGGUGAUGCAGUCAACAGUACUGACUACUGGGGACAUCCAACAGAAAAGAAACAAAUAUCACAGCUGCAGUAUACGUCAAAUGACUUAAAAAAAUGUGUAGCCGAAGAAAAGUCCUGCCCUCUUGGUGGCCUCCAAUGCUCUGAACGGAGGACGAUCACACUCAAUGAUGCCUGUACUGGAGCUGUGUAUGUUAAAUCACAGGAAGAAAAAAACAUAGUUCCUGUUAGUGCGGAAGGCUUUUCAAAAAAGGAGGGCGAGAAGCUUUGCAAGGAUCUGAAAUGUGGGGCCCUUAAGUUGGUAGCAGCAAAGAACCCCUCUGAGACACUCUGGAACAAGAGCUUCAACUGUACAGGUGUUGGAGAAGAAGGGAAAAUAUGGGAUUGCGAAAAGCCACAAGCAUCCACACAGAAACAACAGGCCGUAAUUGAAUGUGAAGAGAAGCCUAACAUCAACAUCUCAGGGGGAUGUUACGGUCAAGUGAAGAUAAAUGGCCUUGAGGUGUGCAACAGGAAAUGGGAGGAUAAAUAUUCACACAUGGUUUGCCAGGAGAAAGGCUGUGGCAAUGCUAUUAUUGAUAGAUUACAUAAUAGCAAUCCUGUCUCCAGUACGGAGUACCACCAUGUCCAUUGUGAGGACUUCCAUCACAAAAUUGGCCAGUGCAAGAGAUUCAAAGCAAGGUGUGAGGGAAAGGGAAAAUUGGUGUCUGUUUACUGUACUGGCAAUGUCAAGUUCAGAACCACAAGCAUAUGCGGAGGUCAAAUUGAAGUCAAUUAUCGAGAUACGUGGGAGAAAUUGUUAGAGUUUCCCGUCCGAUUUAAAAAAAAACUGUGUGAAGAGCUCAAUUGCACUGAUGUGCUUAAGUCCGAGCCCCAAUACCAGAAACAAGAGGUCACCAUGGACACAUCAGUGGAAUGCCAAGACGGCACACUCGACUUCAAGUACUGUGUCCAAAAAAAAGACCCCAUUUCUACUAAAAAGCCUGCUGAGAUCUACUGUCAAGGGUAUGAGCCGCCCUCAACUCAAGAAAGAGCUGAGCCGUUCCCGACAGUGUCUGUUAUCGUGGGCGUAGGAUUUCUUCUUGUUGUGGUGGUACUGACCAUAAUAUUUGUACGAAUGUGCCUAAUCAGGAGGGCCAAGAGUGACUCAUUGAGAAUGUUUCCAAGAAAAGAAGUAGAGUUUGAAAGUGGUGAUAUGGACGAUUUCCACAACAAAUCAAAUGAAAUGGAAGACUUCAGGCGUGGUAGAUUCAGAUCAGAUUCUGAAGUCAUCGCAGGGCACGACGCACGGAGCAAUUCCUCUUAUCCUUAUGAUGAUAUUGAUGAAAUGGAGGAAGGUCGGCCCCUGACCUCUCAGGCAGACACUGACGCCGCCUCAGGAGACUACAUGCCCAUGCCAGACAAUGGGGUGACCUAUGAGGUGGACGACCCACAGGAGAAUUAUGACGACAUCGAAGCCAGCCCUGAGGUCACACAGACUAAAGCUCAAGUCUACAACACUCCCAAAAGCCCAACUGAAAGUGUCGCAGUGGCACCUCCAGGAUUGCCAAAGGGGGAUGAGGACUAUCUAGUGCCAGGUCAAGAUGGGUGAGCCAAAACUGGACGAACAAAUGAAAAGCUUGCUGAAAUAAUAUCCAAUUUGGCAAGGUGGAUCACCCCAAUUGCAAAACCCAGCACUCUCUUACUUACUCAAAAGAGUCCAAAUUACAACAAACAAUUUAUUACAGUUAAAAGUUUUUAUAUGCAAAAUAUAUUUGUAUCCCUCUAAAAAGCUAACUGAAUAAUUAUGCAUUAUCUAAAAUACUGAUCAUUUUGAAAUCAGACAUGAUUUUACAGUUUAUCUGUGACGUUUCAGAGUCUCAUACAUUUCCUGUCUAAGCAGAAAAAUAUAAUCUGAUUCUACACUGCUGGUUUGUGUACUUUCCAGUGAGAUUAAGCCAGUUGCAUCUCUUAAUCUACCUACUUUUGUAUUAUAACAUGUAAAAGUGUUCUUUCUCUUCAAAGCAGUCGUUUCUUUGUCUUAAAUCUCCUGCUAGUUGUUGAUUUUAUAGCUUUCAACAUAUUUUACAAGCAUCUGUUCAUAAAGUAGUUUAGCUUCUAUGAUUUUAGCUAUUUUUUAUGAGAUUGUUGUUUUUGCAGUAGUUUGUCAAUGAUACAUUAGCUUAUUCAUAUCAACUGCACAUUUAGCUCCAUAAAAUGCAGACACAGCAAAAAAGACAUCACUGUGGAAGCCAAACCAUAUAUGUCCAUGUUUGGUUAUUAUGAACAUUUCAAAGAUUAGAUUAAGUUCACCUUUAUACAAAAAUCAUGAAAUCACACUUACAUCUUCUCACUUAUUGAAGACUCCAAUAUCUAUGAAUUUACACUUUUUUUCCCAUUUCAGAAUUUGGACUAGCAGAUAUGAAAUGUCUUUUACUUAACUAGAGGCUUCAAGUUUUUUAUGCAAGUUGCAUAUUGGACCGCAAAUUGUCUCCAGACUAGCUGUGAUGUCACAAAUGGUGCUUUAAAUACACGUUAAGAGAUUUAAAGUGAGCACCAAUUUAAUACAUGAAUAUAAAAACAUUGUUCUACAGUCAAAAAUAUGCAUAUAUAUCCAUGUGUACAGAGAAGUAGAGACAUCAACAAUAAGCUACAUAUAUUUUUAAUGGAGGAGGACUUUUAUGUAAAAAAAACAACUAAAAACUAAAAAAACUAUUAGAUAAGUUUGUAGGAUUUAUAAGAAUGUAUAACGUUGAUUUCAUUGUCACAUUUAUGGUUUAUUAUUGUUUUUUUAAACACAUUCUAUUAAACAUGUCAUCUCUUAUUUUUUUCUUCCAUGACUUUUUGUACAUAUGGAGAAGAGGUUGUAAUAAUGUCAAACUUAUAUUCAGUCAUA